AUUGGUGAGGGAGUAUUAUCAUUGCUCUCGACCUAGAUUGUAAAGCCGUUCCCUUUUCACUUUCCAAAACUACGAACCGGAAUCUCUUCCUAAUCAGAGACCUAGCGAAGACUCUCUCUCUCUCUCACCGCUUCGAUCAGGAGAGAUCUACAGAUGGAGGAUACCUUGACUUGGGAGAUAGACAACUUCUCCGAGAGGAAUGAUGGGAUAAGAACUGCUGACUUCUCAAGCGGCGGCUGUGAAUGGCUUGUUUGUGUGUAUCCCAAGGGACAGUCUGGCUCUGAUCACUUGUCUCUGUUCCUGCACGUUGCGAAUUGUGAUUCAUUGAUGCUUGGAUGGAAAAGGAGAGCUAGUUAUAGCCUUGUUUUGUUGAAUCAAUCCGGAAAAGAGCUAUUCAGAACACUUGAGGAAAAAAAAUGCAAAUUGUUCUGCAAUGAACACCAAUCCUGGGGUUACAGUGAGGUGCUGCCUCUUUCCAAGCUCCAAGAAAAAGGGUUUCUGGAGAAGGACACACUAAUCAUGAAAAUCUACAUCAAAGUCUUUGAAGUUGUUCAUCAAGGAAAGUCAACUGAGAAUGAGAUGUUAGAUUUCUGUGGUUUUCAGAUCCCUAUUUCUCAAUAUACACUAUUGAAAGAGACUGUCCUAAGAAAGCCAGACUUUGCAAUAGAUUUCGAAACAAAGAAGCAAGUGCUCAAAACAAAGUACAGGACUGUCCUUCGCAUCUUAAAAACACUGAGCAAGCCUCCCCAGAGCUUGUCUUUGGCUGAACUAGGCAAAGCUCAAAGCGAGCUGAAUGUGCUGGAGGAAGCAACAGGCUUCAAGCUCGAAUGGUUCAAUUCUAAAAUUGAGCAACUUUCCGUGGAGUGCAAGAAAGCAACACUUUCUGAUGGAUCUAGGGUCAGAGAACUCGAGGAUAGGGUCAGCAGUGUGGAAUUGACUCUGUGGGAUCUCAAAGCUGAACUGGACAAGGAGAAGAUUAAAUCUGCUGCUGCUUCUGCCGCCGCAGCCGCUGCUGGCGCCGCUGCAGCCGCUGCUGGCGCCGCUGCUGCUAAAGUUUCUUCGUUUCAAUUUCUAGAUAUUAUCAUAAAAAGGUUCUUUCUCUCUUGCUUCUCAUUCUCAAAAUAAUAGCUCAUCUAUGUUUUAAUCCUCGGACCUUUGUGGGUUUUCCAUCCAAAAACAUAAUGUGUUGUGAUCCCAUCAACUUUCAAGGACGAUUCUUUGUUUCCGUUCGUAUCAACUAUCAAGCAAGUUUGAGUUCUUAUUC